AUGGGAAUCCAACGCGGCACUCAGGCAGAGUCUCCAUCCUCAUCAUGCGCUGUUGAUCCUUUGGUUCAAAAGUUUGGUCAACUUAACAUUCUGGAUGACUUGAUUCGCCUUCGAGCGGCAGAUGCUAUUCAAUACCCAAUUCUUGCUUAUCCAAGCUCCGGAGACAAUGCAUCGUUCUAUGAAUCUUAUACGGGCCAAGACCUCGACGAAUUAAUAGACCAAACUGCUGUGACGCUCAUAGAUCAUGGAUUCAAGCCGCCUAGUACCAACGAUGAGUCGAUUGUGGCACUGCUCACACAUUCUAAUAUGAACAUGGUCGUUACCCUUUUUGCUCUCAGUCGACUAGGAUAUACGGUCAUGAUGUUGUCGCCACGAUUACCAGGGAAUGCAUGUGCAUCCUUGCUUGAUAUUGUCGGAUGUGAAACCAUAAUUUAUGGUGAAGCUGCGACAAUUCGUGCAACGAUGGGUGAAAUUUUGCAACAGAAAUUGGUGGCAUGUCGCCCAAUGCCUGCGAUUCCCAAAGGGAAAAAAGAGAUAUCGCUUUUAUUUCUCAAUCGGCGCCAAAAUUCACUGAUCCAAAGGACUAAAACCGCUUUGAUUCUACAUUCGUCUGGAUCUACGGGGAUUCCGAAGCCCUUGUAUCUCACACAUCACGCACUAAUGACACAUCCGUUGAGGGGACCAGGAUUCACAUCAUUUAACCCACUUCCUUGGUAUCAUCUCCAUGGUCUCUCAACCGCCCUACAGGCGAUGUGGAUGAGGAAAACUGCAUUUAUGUGGAAUGCUGAUUUGCCCCUGACGGCUGAAUUGGUGAUUUCAGCUCUUGAGGCGGCUCAGCCCGAAUCUGUCGCAGCAGUGCCAUACAUGCUUCAAUUAUUGACGGACAGUCCUCGUGCAAUGACAGCCCUACGAAAAUGCAAAUUAGUUACGUAUGGAGGAGCUCCUUGUCCGGAUGAGCUGGGGAAUCGCCUGGUGGAAGAGGGCAUCGCUUUUGGUGGCUCUUUUGGCUUAACUGAAGCCGGGUUAGUUGCUGAGUCCAUUUCGCGACCUCAAGGCGACCGAUACUGGAAUUAUCUGAAGUUCUUUGACAACAUUCGCCCUUAUGUCUGGAUGAAGCCCAUUGGCGAUUCACUCUACGAGUGUGUUUAUCUAUCAGGGCAUCCAGCAUUAACAGCAUCAAAUUCAGAUCAACCAUCAGGUUCAUUCCAUUCCAAGGAUGUAUUCACUCCGCAUCCAACUAUUCCAAACAGGUGGAAGUACGUUACCCGAAUCGACGAUCGAAUUACUCUCACGAAUGGGGAGAAGGUCCUUCCACUACCAAUUGAAGGUCACAUCAAACAGCACCCUCUCAUCGAUGAAGCAGUUGUAUUUGGAGUGGGUAAAUCAGCUCCAGGUCUACUGAUUUUCCAAUCCUCAAAGGCAGGGGAGAUCUGUUGUACUGAAGAGGAGUAUCUUGAUGAGAUUUGGACGACCAUAGAGUAUGCCAACUCGCGUGCUGAAUACUUCUCACAAAUCGCUCGGGAUAUGAUUGCCAUAUUACCCCACGAUUCAAUAAUUCCACGGACAGACAAAGGGUCAAUGAUCAGAGCUCAGGUAUAUUCUCAUUAUGCGAAUUUGAUCGAUGAUAUCUAUUCCACGGAAGAUAGCACGAAUGGACAAUGUCAAAUGGAUAUCCAUGAUACAAAGUCUCUGUUGAUGCAACUAUGUCGGAGCAAUCUCGGCAUUUCUCUCUCCUCUCCAGAGGCAAGCUUCUUUUCAGAGGGUAUGGACAGUCUGAAGGCGAUUCACCUACGGCGGCUAGUCCUUCGUCACUUCUACCUACGCAAAAGUGAAUUCCCUCAAAAUGUGAUCUAUGAAACGGGAAGUAUUGAAAGACUGGCCCAGUAUAUUUCCUCUUUGCAGAAUGGAGGCAAUUUCUACAUGGUUGAGGGUCAUAUUGACCUCAUGUCAGAAUUCAUACAAAAAUAUUCCCGUUUUCAAAAACACAUCCCACACAGCAAUUUUCCGACGACCAAGUCUAUUAUUCUUACCGGGGCUACUGGCUCAAUAGGUGCUCACACACUGUACGGGCUCCUCAAUGACGAUUCAGUAUCAACAGUUUUCUGUUUCACCCGCCGCAUAUCCCCAUUUGAAGCGAUCCUCGGCAGUCUGAUUGAAAAGCAGCUAUACAUCACGUCAGAACAAGCAUCUAAAAUAGUCGCUCUGACUACUUCAAUUGAGCAGCCGGAUUUCGACUUGGACCAAGAACUUAUUAGUCGCAUGCGGCAUUCUGUAACCCAGAUCCUCCACGUAGCAUGGCCAGUGGAUUUCAAUUUACCGCUGGCUCAAUUUGAGCCACAUGUCCAAGGUCUAUACAACCUUAUUCAAUUCUCGCUCUCUGUCUACCAACCUCAACCAGCACUUGUUAUGUUUUGCUCCUCUGUCUCCACUGCACUUGGCGCUGCGUCUUCUGAAAUCGCAGAGAGCCCCAUGGACCUAGAUUCUGCUUAUAUGGGAUACGGACAGUCCAAGCUGACAGGGGAACAUAUUGUCAGCGCUGCAAGUCAAUCCGGAGCCAGAUCUUACUCCCUCCGGAUUGGGCAGGUUUCGGGCCAUUCCAAGAAAGGCCUGUGGAACGAUACCGAAGCCCUUCCUUCGAUCAUCCGGUCGGCAUUGACUUUGAAGGUCUUGCCUAAUCUGGAAGAAAGCUGCUCGUGGUUACCAGUUGACAAACUCGCUGCGGUUGUCCUUGACUUGAUGAGAGCUUGUUCAUCUCCAGCUAAUGAAACCGAAGUGGAAAACUCUCAUGGCUUAACAGAAAAGCAUGCUGAUGGUUCUAUUUACAACGUGUGUAACUCUCGUCAAUUUUCUUGGUCGGCUCUUUUAGAGUGCUUGAGCCGGAACGGGUUUCAUUUUGAAACCGUGUCAUUUGAGAAAUGGCUGGGUUUUCUCCGAGAUAGUGAGGUUCGAGGUGAGGAGCAUAUCAACCCGGCCGUCAAGUUGAUUGGUCAUUACGAGGCCAUGUGUGGCACGGACGAUUCACACUCUUCAAAGACAGCCACAAUGAGUUCAAAGUCCUUUAUCACGGAUAAGGCAGAGCGUGACAGUCUUACUCUACGGAACGGCCGCUUGAGAAUCAUUGAAGAUGGUAUUUUGGAUUGCUAUGUGCGUGAUUGGAUUUCACGGUGGAUGAAAGCGUAA